AGCUUGGGAGCCCGGCGUCCGCCGUUAACUGAACCCGCCGGAUCUCACUCCCUCCUUUCUGUUUCUGAGGAGGGAAGGCAGUUAAGCAAGCAGCAACCUCAAGAGCGAAGAGGAAGAAUGGGAGGUGGAGGUCGAUCUCGCACGCAGAGAAAACACUUCCGGCAGCAUAGAGAUAACGUCUGGAAACGGCGAAAAUUCGAUUCUCAGCAACCGCCGGCGGCGGACAACUCUACCUCUGCGCAUGAUGAUGCUAACGGCAACUCCAACAAUAGCAAUUCCACCUGGGAGCCUUUCGACUCCCGUAAUCUUUCGUUUGACGAAUAUUACAAGGAGCAAGGAAUAGUGCCGCCGGAAGAGUGGGAGACUUUCAUUGAUUAUCUCCGGACUCCGCUCCCUGCUGCUUUCAGAAUCAAUUCCAGUAGCCAGUGCUACAUGGAUAUUCGUUCAAAGUUGGAGGGUGAUUUCAUGAAUUCUCUUCAGGCAGAGAGUGCAGAUGGGAGUGAAGUAGAGGCAAUCAAACCACUGCCCUGGUACCCUGAGAACCUUGCUUGGCAUUCCAAUUUUUCUCGGAACCAGUUGAGAAAGAACCAGACGCUUGAGAGGUUCCAUGAGUUCUUGAAACUACAAAAUGAAAUUGGCAACAUUACAAGACAGGAAGCUGUUAGCAUGGUGCCUCCACUGUUCCUCGAUGUACGUCCAGAUCAUUUUGUUCUUGAUAUGUGUGCAGCUCCAGGUUCUAAAACAUUUCAGUUACUUGAGAUGAUAUACCACUCAGCAGAACAGGGUUUAUUACCUAGCGGACUGGUGAUAGCAAAUGAUGUUGAUGUACCAAGGUGCAACCUUCUUAUCCAUCAGACAAAGAGAAUGUGCACUGCCAACUUAAUAGUCACAAAUCAUGAAGCACAGCACUUCCCCAGUUGUCAUUUGAAUAGACACCAUCCAAAAAGUUCUGAGAUGAGGAAUUCAGAGGAUCCCCAAAUCACUCAGCUACUAUUUGAUCGUGUUUUAUGUGACGUUCCAUGCAGUGGGGAUGGGACUUUACGCAAGGCACCUGAUAUUUGGAGGAAAUGGAAUGGGGGGAUGGCCAAUGGUCUGUAUGGUCUACAAGUUCAGAUUGCGAUGCGAGGUUUGUCUUUGCUUAAAGUUGGUGGGCGGAUGGUUUAUUCAACCUGCUCAAUGAAUCCUGUUGAGAAUGAGGCUGUGGUUGCUGAGGUUCUGCGUAGGUGCGGGCAGUCUGUUGAACUUCUUGAUGUCUCCAAUGAGCUUCCUCAUCUUAUUCGCCGGCCAGGUCUUAAAAGAUGGAAGGUUAAGGAUAAAGGAGUGUGGUUGACUUCUUACAGAGAUGUUCCUAAACAUCGCAGAGCUGCAAUUGUUCCAGGAAUGUUUCCUUCUGGCAAGACCGAAGUAGAUUCAUCUAUGAAUGAAGUGACCAGUACUGAAUUGUGUGAUAAUGGUUGUAACCAGAAUUUUAAAAAUGUGGUACUGAUAGCAGAAGAACAUGCAACUUCCACUAACAUCAUGGAGGAGGAAGUCUCAACAUUACCUUUAGAACACUGUAUGAGAAUAGUGCCUCAUGAUCAGAACACUGGAGCUUUUUUUAUUGCUGUCUUUCAAAAGCUUUCCCAAUUGCCAGAUAAUCAUAAAGAACUUGCCAGUCAGCCGGAGAAAUUGAACUCCAGUGAAUAUGUUCAAAUAGAGAAGUCAACAGCUGAGAUCAAAGAGGCUUCAAAAGGGUUGGAAGCAAAGUCAGCAGAUACUGAAAGUGUUCGAAUUCAUGAGGGGACAAAAGACACAGAUAUACUUGAUAAUGAUAUAGAUGACCCUACUUUGAAUAAUAAGUCUGGUAAAACAUCUCAAGGAAAUGAAACUGACGAUGUCCAACCUUCUACUAAUACUAGUGCUAGUCCAGAGGCAGAGAUGGUAGGAAGAAAACGGAAAUUACAAAUUCAGGGCAAGUGGAGAGGGGUUGACCCUGUUAUCUUUUUCAGGGAAGAUGAAGUUAUAAAUAAGAUCAAGAAUUUCUAUGGUAUUAAAGAAUCUUUACCCUUUGAUGGGCAUCUCAUUACAAGAAAUAGUGAUAUUAACCAUGUGAAGCGAAUCUACUAUAUAUCUAAGUCUGUGAAGAAGGUUCUUGAACUCAAUUUUAUAACUGGACAGCAGCUUAAGAUAGCUUCAGUUGGUCUGAAGAUUUCUGAACGUCACACAUCUAAAGACAGUGUUUCUGCACCAUGUGCAUUUCGCAUAACAUCCGAAGGGUUGCCAUUGCUACUGCCACAUGUAACAAAACAAAUUCUGUAUGCGUCUCCCAUAGACUUCAAACAUCUGCUCCAGUACAAAAGCAUUAAAUUCGCAGAUUUCGUUGAUGCUGACUUUGGAGAGAAGGCUUCAAACCUAUUGUUGGGUUGCUGUGUGGCGGUUUUAGAUAAAGAUAAGCAGGUCGCAAUUGGGUGCUGGAAAGGGAGGGCAAAUAUCUCUGUGAUGGUCUCUGCACUUGAUUGUCAAGAACUAUUAGAAAGGAUGCCUAUGUACAUGGAAGAGGAUACAGCGUUGUCUUUGCAUGAAAACAAACCAUCAGUUGUAAAGGAAGAAGAUCAAAUAGGAGACAAUACUGAAACUAAAGCAAAUUCUGAAGUUCUUGAGCAAACUGGAACAUAGUUUACCACUAUUUAAGGCCAUGUAUUGUACCAUUUACAUUUUUUGUAAGCUCUUACUAUUUGUCCCCGGGCUCUAUUUAGUGAUGUAGUUUCAAGUACAAAGAACUACCAUAAAUUUUUUUUUUUUCAGCA